AUGAUAUUCAAGACACUAGAAAAAGCUGGAAAGUUCUACAAACAUUAUUCCAAACUUGCUGGUUUUUCAACUAAAAUAAGGAACACGGCUCCGGACGGAGACAAGAUUAAGAAUAAACUAAUUGUAUGCUCCAGAGAGGGGAGGUGGAAAUCAAAGAGAUCUCCAACUUUGAAGACAAACCCUUCAGCUGGGUUAAAUUAUCCGGACAGAAUUUACAUACACAUAAUGAAGGAUGUUGGUCUUUGGACAAUUUCCAAAGUUGUUUUGAAUCAUUCACAUCCUUGUUGUCUAGACCAGGCUAAGAUGCUCAAACAACACAGGGAGCUUAGCAUGUUCGUGCGUCACACCAGUGAAACCCACGAGGAAGCCAGAAUCAGACUGAGCAAAACUUACCAAUCAUUUGUGGCAGCAGUUGGCAGCCACCGUGAACUAGGUUUUAUAGAAAAAGACGCCAGAAAUUACAUCACAAGGGCAGUACGGAAUAUUUCCGAAGAAGACGAUGCCAAAGAAUUUGGGAAGUACUUAGUAAGAAUGAAAGAGAAGAACCAAAAUUUUUUCUUUGAGCUCAACCUUGAAGACGAUCACUGCAUUAAACAUGUAUUUUGGGCUAAUGCAAGAAACAUGGCUGCAUUUGAUUAUUUUGGAGACGUGAUUUCAUUUGACACCACGUAUAACACAAGCAGGUACAAUUUGGUUUUAGGUUCUUUUGUUGGCGUGAAUCACCACGGCCAAUCGACACUUCUUGGAUGCGCACUGAUGAAAAAUGAGGAUAUCCAAUCAUUUAAAUGGCUAUUUGAAUGUUGGCUACGUUGCAUGGGAGGGAAGGCACCAAAAGGUAUUCUUACCGAUCAAUGCACAUCAAUUCAAAGGGUAAUUGAGCUGUACAUGCCAACAACAAUUCACCGCUGGUGCAUCUGGCAUAUUAUGAAGAAGAUCCCAAGCAAAUUAAAUGGCUACAAGGGACACAACGAAAUUGAACAAGAGAUGAGCCAUAUUGUUUGGAACUCGUACACAAAAGAAGCAUUUGGCAGAAACUGGAUCGAUUUCAUUGGAAAGUACGGCCUCAGAGGCAACAAGUGGCUUUCAGGUAAUUGA